CCCCUCUUUUUUUUUUUUUUUCAACAAUGUCGAUGGAUGAACCACCCGCCAUUUUAUUAAGAAGAUGUAAAGAGCGAUCGGGUAUUCGACUUACCAGAGAAUACUUAACAGCGUGGAACCAACGACGUAGCAGCUCUACGCCUAAUAUAGAAUCAGCCUAUACCGAUAUUGUGGCCGAUUUUUUAAAAACGGAUAUCUCUGAAACUUCAGAACCCGUUAUCCCUGAGGACUAUGGUCGACUUGCCAUCGAUACGUUCCCACCGGCUCAUUUACGUCAAGGCGGUGGUGUGGUACUUCAGAUUCAAGACACCAACGAUGUCAGUCAUUCUGCUUUAUCUCAACUGGACAAUCUAAGUAGUGGUCAAACAUGGCCUCGUGGAAAAUUACGUUGGACAUUAAGCGAUGGACAUCUACAAGUGCAAGCGACAGAAUUUCAACCGAUCCCUUUUCUCAAUCUAACCAUACCAUUUGGCUCCAAAGUGCUUGUCAAAAGUUGUCAAGUGAGAAGAGGUAUGCUCAUGUUGACACCUGAUAAUGUCAAAUGGUUAGGGGGUGGAGUUCCCGAACUCUAUGGUGGAAAUAUGACGACCGAAUUACAGACAAGAUUGAAAACUAGACUUGGUACUCUUGCACAGCCAAAUACACCUAUACCUUCGACCACACCUUCCAAUUCAUUUACAAAUUCAUUUACUGCGAACCGAAAUACAACCACAACGAAUUAUCCAACUCCCAGUAGUAGGAGUAGUACAAACUCAACCCCAUUUGUAAAUACAAUGCACAGUUCACAUACAAAUAACAAUGCAUCAGCCUCUGAAUUUGAUGAAUUCGGUGAUAUAGAUAUGGAUCAAUUUAACGAUAUGGAUAUGAGUCAAUUCAACGAUAUCGACAUGGAUCAAUUCAAUGAUAUUGAUCUUGAUGAUGAAUUUGGUUAUGAUGAAGACAUGGAUGAAGUGAGUGAACCCACUAUUUCUCAAAUUAUACCCCCGGCACCACCAGCAUCAACAGCAACGGUACCCUCAUUUGAUGAUAGUGAUGAUGAUUUUGUGUCAACACAAAUAAUACCUGUGAAAUCUCGUCUACAACCCAAAUCACCCGUUUCGCUUGCAAAACGACCCCGCAUCAACCCUCCCGCGGUAAGAACCAAUUCAGCCGAGGCAAGAGGCAGGACAUCAGAGGAACCAUCUGUGAUAAGAGCCCCAAAGGAAAGAGUCAGUUCAGCUGAGACAUUCACCUCUACCAUGGACCAAGGAAGUAUACCAAGCAUAAAGAAAGAAAAGAAUCCAGUAGAAGAAGAAGUGCAUUGGGUAGAUCCUAGUGCAUGGAUGGAAGAAGAGGAAGAGGAAGAGGAGGAAAAGAUUGAAGGUGUAGAGGUGCGCUCCGAUGGUAAAACCUAUGUGACAUUUGAGGCCUUGCAUCGAAUUAUUGGACAAAUGGAACAGAAUACGUUUACAGGUUCGUUAGUGGAUGUUGUGAUUGUGGAGGCGAGAUAUCGAAAGAUAGCAGCCAUGCGAUUAUCGGAUGCUUCUGGGUUUUAUUCCAUUUUCGAGAUUGGGGAUCCUUUGGACGAAAAGAGUGAUAAAAUUAUAAAAAUUGUCAUUGGCAAUUCUUUAUUUAUGGAGUUUCUAGGUAUUGACCCGAAAGAUGCAAAAACCGUGGGAGAUGAAUUAAAGGAUGUCAAGAAGGCUAGAAAGGUAAGAUGGGUUCAUUUUACACAUUUUUUUUUUUUUUGUUUGUGUUAGUUGGUGAUGGUGGUUAAAGCGGUUAUUUUUCAUCUUAGGUUUUACUGCCUUUUGAUAAAAGUAUUCGAUCAAAAUUAAUUUCAUUU